AUGCCUGUAUCAGUAGACGAAAACCUGUUACGCCUUACCGACGAACCCGGUUCCCGAGGCGUGUUGCUGGGUAUGCGGUGCGAGGCGUGCGGUGUAUGCGUGUUUGGUCCCGCCACGUUCUGCCAGGCCUGCACGUCUCCAGACCUGGCCCAUGUGGAGCUGGCUUCAGAAGGGACACUGUUCAGUUACACCAUUGUCAGGGUACCGCCACCGGGUUGGCCGGGACCGGUUCCCUAUGUACUGGGCGAGGUGGAAUUACCGGAAGGGCCGCACGUGCUCGCCGAAAUCAUCGGUUGCCCCCACGACAAACUGAGCUUGGGUAUGCCGGUACAACUGGCGUUCCAGACCGUGGGAACGGACGGAGACGGCGACACGGCGCGGGUUGUCUACAAAUGGGAGCGGGCAUGA